AUGAUCCUUAAAACCAAUUUUUUGCCAUCAGUUUGUGGUCAAAGUUUUGGCGGCGGCGUCGGCGGCAACGGUCGUGGCGGCGGUAAUGGAUAUAACGGUGGCUAUGGAGGACUGGGACAUGGAUCUCAUGGUCAUCCAGUUCACAGAAAAUGGAGUUAUUCCUCUCAUAUAAAGCACCCUGCUCAUCAUCAGCAUCAGCAUAAUGGACAGCAUGGAGGUCAUGGAGGUUAUAAUAAUGGACAUGGAGGCAACAGUAACACCUAUCAUUACGGUCAGCAAGGUCAUGGCGGCAAUCGGGGUUUAGGUGGCGGUCUGGGAGGUUAUCUGGGAGGUGGUGGAGGAGGAGGUGCUGGCAAUUGGUUUUAA